AUGAAGUUAGAAUCUGAUCCGAGGACCCGUGAUAUGAAGUUAGAAUCUGAUCCGAGGACCCGUGAUAUGAAGUUAGAAUCUGAUCCGAGGACCCGUGAUAUGAAGUUAGAAUCUGAUCCGAGGACCCGUGAUAUGAAGUUAGAAUCUGAUCCGAGGACCCGUGAUAUGAAGUUAGAAUCUGAUCCGAGGACCCGUGAUAUGAAGUUAGAAUCUGAUCCGAGGACCCGUGAUAUGAAGUUAGAAUCUGAUCCGAGGACCCGUGAUAUGAAGUUAGAAUCUGAUCCGAGGACCCGUGAUAUGAAGUUAGAAUCUGAUCCGAGGACCCGUGAUAUGAAGUUAGAAUCUGAUCCGAGGACCCGUGAUAUGAAGUUAGAAUCUGAUCCGAGGACCCGUGAUAUGAAGUUAGAAUCUGAUCCGAGGACCCGUGAUAUGAAGUUAGAAUCUGAUCCGAGGACCCGUGAUAUGAAGUUAGAAUCUGAUCCGAGGACCCGUGAUAUGAAGUUAGAAUCUGAUCCGAGGACCCGUGAUAUGAAGUUAGAAUCUGAUCCGAGGACCCGUGAUAUGAAGUUAGAAUCUGAUCCGAGGACCCGUGAUAUGAAGUUAGAAUCUGAUCCGAGGACCCGUGAUAUGAAGUUAGAAUCUGAUCCGAGGACCCGUGAUAUGAAGUUAGAAUCUGAUCCGAGGACCCGUGAUAUGAAGUUAGAAUCUGAUCCGAGGACCCGUGAUAUGAAGUUAGAAUCUGAUCCGAGGACCCGUGAUAUGAAGUUAGAAUCUGAUCCGAGGACCCGUGAUAUGAAGUUAGAAUCUGAUCCGAGGACCCGUGAUAUGAAGUUAGAAUCUGAUCCGAGGACCCGUGAUAUGAAGUUAGAAUCUGAUCCGAGGACCCGUGAUAUGAAGUUAGAAUCUGAUCCGAGGACCCGUGAUAUGAAGUUAGAAUCUGAUCCGAGGACCCGUGAUAUGAAGUUAGAAUCUGAUCCGAGGACCCGUGAUAUGAAGUUAGAAUCUGAUCCGAGGACCCGUGAUAUGAAGUUAGAAUCUGAUCCGAGGACCCGUGAUAUGAAGUUAGAAUCUGAUCCGAGGACCCGUGAUAUGAAGUUAGAAUCUGAUCCGAGGACCCGUGAUAUGAAGUUAGAAUCUGAUCCGAGGACCCGUGAUAUGAAGUUAGAAUCUGAUCCGAGGACCCGUGAUAUGAAGUUAGAAUCUGAUCCGAGGACCCGUGAUAUGAAGUUAGAAUCUGAUCCGAGGACCCGUGAUAUGAAGUUAGAAUCUGAUCCGAGGACCCGUGAUAUGAAGUUAGAAUCUGAUCCGAGGACCCGUGAUAUGAACCCCGUCAGCUCAGUGGUUAGAUAA